AUUUUGUACAAGCUACCGAUCAGAUAUAUAGAAGUUGAUACUUAAUGUAGACAAAAUAAACAUUAAAAGUGAAGAAAAACUAUAAUUCAACAAUGGACACAUAAUUCUUUAAAUUUUAAUAUUAAAUAAUCAGAAAUAACUAAUAAAGUUAAGAAAACGCAAUAGAGAGAUGCCUAUAAUUCAAUUAAUCAACGACUAUCGUAAUUAUAAAAAUAAGAACAAAAUGCACAAAAUUAAAUAUGUAAAAGACAUUAUACAAGAUCUGGAAAACUAUGGACCAGCUAGUUUAAUACACAUUGCUAUUCUGAGUAACAUACUUAAAAAACGCAUUAAUAUAUGGAAUGCUAAUGGUAAUUUAAAUAAGAUCAUCGGAAGGAAAAAAUUGGGACCAUCUAUAGAUAUUGAAUAUCACGCAAACAAUUCUGAACAAAUUGGUCACUGGACCCUAAGAGGUAGCAAAGAUCCCGAUAACGUCAUUAUUGAUUUAAACAGCUGCCUUUUUUCGGUGAUCGGUUCUCAAAUCGAACAAGAUCCAUUAAAUCUUCGUAAAUGGACUGUGUUAAAACUAAAAAAAAGUUCUCAGAAUUUGGCUAAAUGGUUAAACAAAAUUCAGUGGAAGGGGAGUGCAGGAGUAUUCUUUAUGAUUGGCGGAGUAAACGGACGUGGACCCGAAAGUCCGAGAACAAGUCCCGAAGAAAUAAGGUACUCAGAAAGGUACCCAGCAGACAGCCAGGUAGAAGACGCUAAAAAAAUUCUGGAUGAUUCAGAGGGUGAACCAAGCGAAGUUGAAGGUGAAGGCCCAGAAGUAAUCGGCCAAUCUAGAGUGAUGUAUGUCGUAAAAGGAAGAAAUGGAGGUGUCGGAGCUUAUACUAAAGCAAAUCCAUGUAAUGGAAUAUCUGCUCUUUGGACAGAAAACGACCAAAACUAUGUCACUCAUAGGGCAUUGCUAUCAAAAUCGGGUCAAAAAGCACUACAUAAACUUGACAAUGCCAUUCAAUAUACACAAAAAAUACCUUUUUCAGAAUUAGUAGAACAAGGUAAACGAUUUCCUACAGGAAGCCAUUGGCAUAAUGGAUAUAAAAUAAAAAUUGAUGCAAAAAUCGAAGCUGUCAUAUUAACUUUAAGACAUCAAAAGGGUCAACGAAAUGUCAAAAGUGCAAAACCUUUUAUAGCUAGUAUUAUCCCAAUCUUACAACAUUUUGAAGAACGUAGAUGUGAAGAAACAAGAUAUCCAUUAAACAACGAUAUAAGACACGCUAAACAAAUUCUGGAUGAUUCACACCGUUUAAGAAACGAGUUUGGUAAAAAAGGCCAGUCCAGAAUAAGGCAUGUUGUACAUGGCAAAAAUGGAGGUGUCAGAGCUUGGACUAGGAAAAAUCGAUGUGAGGAAAAGGGUGCUUUUCAGACAGAAGAAGAUCAAGACUAUGUCACUCAUAGGACAUUGCUAUCACGAUCGGUUCAAGGAGCACUACAUCGAUUGGCUGGAGUGUCAUACAAGGAUAUGCAGAACAUACCUAUUUCAGAAUUAAUAGAACGAAAUAGAACAUUUCCUAAAGGAAGCCUUUGGAAAAAUGGAAGUCAAAUAAAUGGUUUAUUAGACAUACAAUCUGUCGGAAUAGUUUUAGGACAUUUUGCAGGUAAAGAAAGAGAUGUAUAUGCAGCGCCUUUUAUAUUAUGUGUUUACCCAAACUUUAAAAAAAUAACAACAACGAUAGAAUGUCCGGAAAUGCCUAAGACACAAUCCAGGUACCCAACAAACAACAAUAUAAAAAACGCUCAAAAGAUUCUGGAUAAUUCAGAGGGUAAAGAAUGCGAAAUUAAUCCACAUAUGUUUUCGGACCUGGAUCCAGAAAGUAGAAAGGGGCAUAGUAGAGAGAGGCAUGUCGUAAAAGGAAGAAAUGGAGGUGUCGAAGCUUAUACUAGAAAGUUUCCAUGUGAAGGAAGAACUGCUUUUCAGACAGAAGAAGAUCAAAACUAUGUCCUUCAUAGGGCAUUGGUAUCAGACUCGGGUCAAGAAGCACUACAUAAACUUAACAGAUCCAAUCAAAUUGAAUUAAUUGUAAAAACUGAAGAGAUAAAAGUACGACAUGGCACAUUUCCUAAAGGAACAUAUUGGCAUGCAGGAGAACAAAAAAAUGGAUUAAAAAAUAUCACAUCUGUCCAAAUUUAUUUAAGACAUCAUCAGAAUAAAAAAGGCGAAAAAACUGCAGAACCUCAUAUACUUACUAUGUUCCCAAUCUUGGAAGGCAUAGAACCAAUAAAGUGUACAGCGGAAGAAAAAGCGAAACUUAUGAGAGAAAAACGAGCUCGUAUAGCUCUCGCUGCAUCCACAUCUGAAACUGCCGUUGCAUCCACAUCUGAAACUGCCGUUGCAUCCACAUCUGAAACUGCCGUUGCAUCCACAUCUAAAACUGCUUCUUAAAACUCCUAAACUGCUCUUAAAACUGCUUCUAGAAUUAUUCCUAAAACUACUCCUAAAACAAUAGAAAUAAGAAGAAAUUCUAACUACGGAGCUCCGAGUAGGAAGCGGGUUGCAAGGAAGGUACUUGUAAGCGCGGGAGCAUGAUAUUACACAACUGUCAGAAUACACAUACAUAUAAAAAUACACAUGUAAUACUACAGACUUACUAGAAUAGACUGCUUAUGAGGUGAAAAAAUGGUAAUAGAGGUAUCCGUAACUGAGAAAAGGAUAACUGUCGUUAACUUGGGUUGCUAUUUCUUUCUAAUGCAAAAUAAUGGUGAAGUAUAGUGACCAAUACUGGUGUCAGAGCGUGAGCGUGUUAUCAUAGUAUGCAUAGGGUGCAUACUCUGACACCGUUAUUGGUCGCUAUGCUUCCUCACUAUUCUGCAUUAAAAAGAAGUAACCUAAGUUCAAGUCAGUUAUCUUUUUCUCAGUGACGGAUACCUUCACUACCUUCAUGAGCAGUCUAUUCUAAUAAGUUUAUAUAUUAUAAUAGUAUAUUAUUAUUAUAGUAUAAUACAUAUGUUUAUGUUAUUAUAGUAUAAUACAUUAUACUAUUAAUAGUUAAUCAAUUAAUAGUAUUAUAUUAUUAUAGUAUAAUACAUAUGUAAUACAUAUAAAAUAUAAAAUACGUACGCAUUUCAUAUUUGAAUAAAUAUAAAAUUCCGUUGGCAUUUUUUUAUAAGCCUGAUGUGUUAUAGUCAAUGAGAUACUAACGCUAAAGAGCAGACCGCAUUAUGAUGUGCAAUAAUUGUACAAUUUAUCAAUGAAAAACCAUUAUAGAAAAAUAAUACGGGUCAGAAGUAAGGUGAGAAGACAUAUGAGAUGCAUUUUUAUUUGUACAAUCUUGCUUCUAGCUUUCCUCUACAACCGCCGUCACAGUACAAUUAAACGCAUAGGUCGCACAAAAAAUGUCGAAUAUUAAACCGUUUAAUAAUGAAUGUAAUUUAUUGAUUAUAAAAUUGAUUAAUUAUAAAAUUAAAAAAAUGUAUUGAUAAAACAAGCAAUAAAAUUGGAAACAGCUGAGUGAAAGAAAAAAUCACACAAUUUUGUCAGCAAGAGAAUAAUAAAGGAAACUAAUUACAAAA